GUAAGCGCAAUAGUGUAGACUGUAGGUACAUCAGUAAGUUUUGGUACAAUUUGAACCUGCCUCAGUGACUGCAUACGAUUGAGUUACUAUACUCAGUACACUAAGUAUACACGGCAGUAAUCGACGCAUACGCAUGUUGUGACCUGCACGGUUGCAGUGAAUUUGGCAACGAAUAUUAUAAUAAUUUAUCACCAACGUAAUAUUGUUACUUAUCAUCAUAAUGAUUUCGAGUGAUAUCAUCAAUUAUCUGUUUGAAUCUUCAACGGUUGUCGGCGUUGCUGUUGCAGUAUUGGCAAUAGUUUACUAUUAUUCAACCAACACGUACGGAAAAUGGCGAGAAUUAAAUGUUCCCCAUGUGCCACCGUGGCCGUUAAUCGGUAACACGUUCAAAAUGAUAGCAGCGAUCGAACACCAGGUGGAGACAUUCGACGGAAUUUACAAACGGUUUGCUGGCGAGAAAUAUUGUGGUUUUUAUCAAAUGAAAACGCCAUUCCUGAUGAUCCGUGACCCCGAGCUCAUCAACACCAUACUGAUCAAAGAUUUCCCGAAUUUCGCAGACCGCGGCUUCCACAAGGACCCGUCGACAAACAUACUAGCGAACGGACUGUUCUUUUUGUGUGGUCCCAAAUGGAAAAUAAUGAGACAGAAAUUGAGCCCGGGAUUCUCGUCUGGUAAGUUAAAAAUGACCCACAACCAGAUAGUGGCGUGCAGCGAUGAGUUGAUGCGGUUCAUCGCGACCAAAAUAAAGGAAAACGAUCAGAUCGAAGUCAAGGAGAUCAUGAGUAAAUACUCGACAGACGUCAUCGGGACAUGUGCUUUCGGUUUGAAAUUAGACACUGUCAAGAACAACGAUUCAGAUUUUCGCAAAUACGGAAAACAAAUAAUCCAAACAAAUUUUAGGAUUCUUUUCACCCAAAUGUUGUCACUGACGUCGCCAAGAUUGACAAAACUGUUGGGAAUCUCUGAGUUUUCGCCCGAAGCUUCGGCGUUUUACGAGUCGGCAUUAAACGAGGUCAUCAGGUAUAGGGAGGCUAACGGCAUAGUCAGACAUGACGUGGCACAGAGCUUGAUAGAAGCAAGAAAACAAUUGGUGUUGAAUUCGACAGAAGAAAAUGGAUUUACCGAACAGGACAUUGUUGCAAAUUCGAUCCUAAUGUUUCUUGCCGGUUUUGAACCCGUGUCUUCUACGUUGAGUUUCUGUUUGUAUCAGUUGGCGCUAAACCAAUACAUCCAGGACAAAAUGCGUGAUGAGAUGAAUUCAAAGUCGAAAGAACAUGGAAAAAUGAGCAAUGAUUAUUUAUUGGAUCUCCAUUACACUGAUAUGGUAUUGGCAGAAACAGGGCGUAUGUACGGAGUAACCAGCGCGUUAUUCAGAGAAACAGUGAAUACAUACCACGUGCCAGGCGAGUCUUUGGUUAUUGAAAAGGGGACUAAGGUCAUGAUACCCUUACAUAGUAUUCAUCAUGAUCCAAAAUAUUACCCCGAUCCGUAUACAUUUGAUCCGGAAAGGUUUUCUCCAGAAGAAAAGGCUAAACGGCCGUCUACUACUUACUUACCGUUUGGCGACGGACCACGAUUUUGUAUAGGAAAACGAUUUGCUGAAUUGGAAAUGAAAAUGGUUCUUUCACAACUAUUGACGACGUUUCGAGUUUUACCAUGUGAAAAAACUGAAUAUCCGCUUAAAUUUCGAAACGGUUUACCCAUAUUGGUCACAAAAAAUGGAAUUUGGUUGCGUUUUCAAUCGAUUUAAAAAUGAUUAUUGGUGCUUAUUAACUAAUAACUUAUUAAAAAUUAUACACUCAACUUAUUAUAUUGUGACUAUUACUAAAGGUCAAAAAAAUAUCCAUUUAUAUUUAGUAUACGGUGAUAGGUUAAUCUCAAUAUAUCUAAACUUUAAAUAAUACCUAAAAUAAUUAAAACAAUUGUUUAAAAUAGAUGUUAUUCAUUUUUAUUUAUGGAAAUUAGUGAGUGUCAGGUAUACCAAUAUACAAUUAGUGACAUCUUCAAUAAUGUCUAUUUGACAUGCAUUAUAAUAUAGUACUUAAAACAUAAUAUAAUUAUAUCCUAAUAAUAACUCAAUGUGCUAAAUAAAUUCACAAUUAUUUUAUAAUUUAAUAAAAAAAAUUAAUAUCAUUGUAUUUGUAACAUGUAGAUAUACACGAAACGCCAUAUUUUACACAAUAAAACUAAAGUUAACAAGAGUCAAGAGAUAUAGUAAACAAAUGAAACGUUUUAUUUUAUAUGAGUAUUUACAUUUUAUACGUAAUAGCUUAUAGCAUUGGUUAUUGAAUACGCUAUUCUAUUGGUCUAUUGAAUAGUCCACUAUUCUACAAUGAAUGGUAAUAUACUAAUAUGUUCGUAGUUGUUAAUUUUAUAUUUGUAUUGUUAUCCGUAUUGUACCCGCGAAUGUUACCGACGUAUGAUUCAUGUAAAUUAUAUAAUAUUAUACAGUAUACACGAUUGUCGAGUAUAUUAUGUUGCCUAUGCGCGUGUCUUCCUAA